AGCAACAAGUGAUGGCCAUGAUGCAACAGGCAGGGGAUUCAUGCCAUUUGCCUACCCGGAAUGAUACCACCUAUCAUGAGCCAUAUGCCACCCCCGGUAUCGACCCCGUCAACAUUUGUCCCAAGAAUGGUCCCUAUACACCCAGUAAAUUUAACGGGGACCAUGAACGAAGCAGCGCCCUCAAAUGUCCAUGAAGUUGACGAGGCGGAGCAGGAGGCGGCUCGCAGAAGGAAGGGUAAGGCUAUAGCUAAACCCAGCAAGACCCGAGAUUCAGCGUUCAAAUGCCUAGGGAACAAAGAGGAUGGGCCCCGCAAUUCUGCCAAGCUACGUCUUGGUCCUGAGAUGGGCCGGACUAGCGCAAUGGAAAGACUUGGCGGGAGUCGUCCCGCUCGAUCUCGUCGUUCUAGGGAAUCUGAGAUGAUUCACCUAGACGAGGAGGAAGCUGAAAGCCAGCCCAGAGCAUCGGCAUAUACUAGGCUCCCAUACGAUGAGGAUGACCUGGACAAGAUAGGGAGCAUAGCGAAGAAGCAUACCCUGGCCAAAUCACCCUUUUCAGCUAGGGUACAUGCACAAAACUUGAGGCGGAAGGUCAAGCUGGACGUGGAGAAAUUCACUGAAAAGGAGGAUCCAAACGUCCACCUUGACACCUUCCAUAAUGCAGCGCAAAUGGCCAGGUGUAUUGAUGCUGAAGAAUGCAUACUCUUCUUCUCAUCCUUGAGAGGGAGGCCAGUGGAAUGGUUUAACAGCCUUCGACAUGGUAAGAUCGGGUCCUUCGAAAAACUUGCUGAGACUUUUUGCAAGAAGUACCAGGACAACUGCAUCAAAAGGAAAAAGUUCACCUACCUUAACACGGUAGGGCAGAGGGAGAAGGAGUCCUUGACUCUGUUUUUAACUCGCUGGAGGGACGAGGUCGACAAAGUAGAAGAGAUGGACGACAAGACGGCCAUGUCUUUGCUGAUGAAUGUCUUCCGGUCGGGUGACCUCUACACUGAAUUUUGUAGAAGGCCACCCUCCUCUUUUCAGGAAGCCUACAAUACAGCAUGGGAGUAUGCCGAGGCGGAAGUCCUAAACAAGAGCAAACGGGAACUGGAGGAAGGCUAUACAAAGGUGAAAAUUGAUAAGCCGAAGAAGGAUGACCAGGUGGGAGGGUCCAAGCCGAGGGCCACAUAUGAUGGGUUUGUUCAUCAAAUAAAGGAUGAGAAGAAAGGAGAACAACCCAAGCAGCCUUGGACAGAGAAGUGGUGCACCUACCACCAAUCUGACUCUCACAACACAACAGAUUGCCGGAAUGUGAGGGUCGUGCUCAGGGAGAUGACCUUGAAAGGGGAAGUGGGUGAAAUAUUCGUUACGGGGCUUGAGGAAGACCCAUAGGCGAGUACUUGAAUCCACCCACAUGAAUAUGAUCAGGGAAAGAAGAGAGGGUAGAUAAGAUGUGGUCAAAAUUACUAAGCUUGUUGUAGACAGAUGAGUCUUGAUGUCUAGGACCUGGAGCGUUGCAUGAGAUGAUAGCAAAAAAAAGAGAAACCCUUG